AUGGUGGCGGCUUCAUUCAACGAACAGAAAGAAACUGUGAAGAGCAGUUUGAGUCGGAUCAGCCAACAAUCCAAUUUGAUGAAACAAUGUCUCAAUUCCAAUGAUUUGCUCCAAGCGUUCAAACAUAGUGUAAAUUUCUUGAGUGAGCUCAGAACUAGUCAAUUAUCACCCAAGAACUAUUAUGAGCUUUAUAUGUCAGUUUUUGACUCUUUAGAGCUUUUAUCCAAUCACCUUUUGCAAUCUCAUCAGAGCAAACAGAAACGGAAACCCACUACUCAAUUUUUAUCUGACUUGUAUGAAUUGGUGCAAUAUUCAGGUAAUAUCAUUCCUCGAUUAUAUAUGAUGAUAUGUAUUGGAACCACGUAUAUGGCCACGGAAGAUUCUCCUACCAAGGAUAUAAUGAAAGAUAUGAUAGAAAUGUGCCGUGGGGUUCAACAUCCUGUCAGGGGGUUAUUCUUACGGUACUAUUUAUCUCAAAGAGUUAAGGACUUGUUACCAUUGGAUAGCGAGAGUGAUUUCAAGGAAACGGUCAAGUUUUUGAUUUCAAAUUUCAUAGAGAUGAAUAAGCUAUGGGUUAGGUUACAACAUCAGGGUCAUUCUUCAGAGCGGGAGUUGAGAUAUGCUGAACGGAAGGAAUUAAAGAUUCUUGUGGGGUCUAAUUUAGUUAGAUUAUCCCAAAUUGUUGAUGAUUAUAGUGAUAAUAACCCAGAGUUUUCAAGCGUUCAAUUUUAUCAGGAGAAUAUUUUCCCAGUGAUAACUGAACAAAUUAUCCAAUGCAGAGACCAUUUGGCGCAAACUUACUUGAUAGACGUAUUAAUCCAGAUAUUCCCAGUCCCCUUCCAUUUUGCUACUUUGGAGGCAUUGCUCAAUGAUGUGUUUUUGAGCUUGAAUCCAGCACUUAGAAGAAGUGAGUUGGUCUUCACUCUCGUCGAUCGGUUUCUCACUUACAAGAAGUUUCAGGUGGAUGAUUUUGCGGACCAAGUUGAAGAUUUGUCAAUAGAAGAUUUGACAACUAAUGCGGCGGAUGACAAGAGUAAAAAUAAUUCGAAACCAGUUGUUGAUUUCGAUUAUGACUCUCUAUUUGAUAAAUUCUGGACCUUUUAUACGAAAUUGGGUGAAGGAGAAAGUGGCUUGCUUGAUGACGAACAUUCACUUAUUUUGCAAUGUACCAUAAAACUUACGUUAACGUUCACCCCAGAAAGAUACAAUAACUUGGACAGAAUUUACCAAUACGCCACUGAAAACUUACUCACAAACUCUGACUCAGACAAAAGUCUUUGGCUAGAUUUGCUAUUAGUUCCAAUCAAGCAUUUCACUUCAGUUAAGAAAUUGUUGGAAUUGUCAUUUUUUCAUGAGUUUUAUCUACAAUUGAAUGACCCCAAGCUCCAACAAGAGAUAUCUUUAAAAAUAAUUGAAAAGCUUUUAAAUCAGUUUGAUACCUUAGAUGGUGAAGCUGAACGUUAUAGAACCACAGAAGACAUUGAUACUGUUUUCAAGUAUUUAUUGGUUCUUAUCAAACAAUCAGAGACAAAACUAACAACCUCAAAGGAUUUAAAUAUUUCCAAUACAAUUGUGUUGGAAGGAUCUGGUGAAAAGGUAAUUACACAGAAGUUCCUCGAUACACAAGCCAAUUUAUGCAAAAUACUUCAUUUGAUUGAAAACAAAGAUUAUUUUAAAACCUUAUCCAAUUUAAUGUAUGUACGGAAGAAGUAUUUGGGUAGAAGUCAGGAGAACAUUAUAUACACAUACCCCACCAUUGUGUCCAAGUUGUUGAAUACCUUGAGAAUCGCUGGCUUUAUUUCAAGCAAGAAGAAGGCAAAAACCAAUUCAAAUUAUCAUCUUUUAAUUACAAGUGCAUUCAAGAAUUUAACUAUGAUCAUAGAUGAAUUAUACCAAUAUCAUCGGGAAAGUGCAGAAUUGGUUUUGAAGUUGUAUUUGAAUGCAGCAGCUGUGGCUGAUCAAUUGAAGCUAGAAUCCAUCAGUUACGAGUUUUACACUCAGUGUUUCAUUAUAUAUGAAGAGAAUAACAUGGUUGGUUCUACUGGUGGUAGUGUGGGUCAAUUCAUUAACCCUCAUGAUACAAUGAGUGGUGGUUCAACGUCUUCUAGACUUAUUGUUCUUAUUUGUAACAAGCUUCAACAGGCCCGGUAUUUCGACAAGGACAACUACGAGAGCUUAAUAGUCAAGUUGACCCUUUAUGGCUCCAAAUUACUAAAGAAGCAAGACCAGUGUAGGUCAGUCUAUUAUUGUGCGCAUCUUUGGUGGUGGUGCGAUAUGUUUACAGAUGAAAAGAUUCCACCAUUAGAGGAUGAACAGAAAGAAGAUGAAGAAGAAGAAGAAGAAGAAGAAGAAGAAGAAGAACAGCAUAGAGAGCAAAAAGAGAAUGGUGAUGCAUCGGAGACCAUAGCUGAAAAAGAAGAGGAAACUGGUUUGUACAGACACCCCAAACGGGUUCUUGAGUGUCUUCAAAAAUCUCUUAGGGUGGCUGACUCCUGUAUGGACCCUUAUCUUUCAUUGAAACUAUUCAUUGAGAUUCUCAACCGGUGCUUGAUCUUUAGUAUCUAUGGGAACACCCUUAUUGACGACAAGUAUAUCAGUGGUCUUAUUGAUUUGGUGCGAACCAAUUUAGAUAACUUGACUGAUGGGAAACAGCAAGCUUUACCCAUGCCCGAUGAAGCAGACUAUGAAGAACGCAAAUUGGUGUAUCACAUACAAGGAUUUUUUGACCGCACAUUGCAAUUCAUUCAAGAGCAACAAUCAUUGGAGGACAGGUUUACAGGAGUUGUUGUAUAG